AUGUCUAUAUUCUUUUCGAGUUUUGCAAUUGCACUUCUGUUUCCGAAAAUUUUGACAGAAGUCCCGCUUAAUCGCCAUAACAAGAUCUACAAUGGCUUUGAGGUGGAACAGGGAAAAUAUCCAUUCAUGGCUGGGCUUUUCGACAAUAAAGCAACUGGGUCGACUUUGUUUUGUGGUGGAUCGGUUAUUGCAAGACACUGGAUUUUGACAGCAGCACACUGCUUGGCUGAGGAAGUGGAUGGGAGAAAAGUCUUACGUGAUCCAAAAUCAAUCUUUAUUGUCGUUGGCACAAAUCGAAUCAAACCGAAUUUCGACAAAACACACCAAAUUCGACGAGUUGAGCAAUUCUACUACCCUAACACCACAAAGGUACUCGAAUCAAAUAGCAGCUUUUUGUCUGGGGAUAUUGCAUUGCUUUUGCUAGAAAAAGCGCUUGAUUUGAAUGAUAACGUGAAACGGAUUCUUCUCCCAAAAAAGAGACCAUUCUCUUACGAAGCAUUCAUGAUUGGAUGGGGAUAUGUGAAUAUAAGUGAUUAUACUCCGCCAAUGUUACAAGGAAUUGUCAUGAGAAUCAUCUGGAAUCAUACGGAGUGUAAAGGAAGGUCAGAAACGCUUUUGGUUGAUGAGACUCAAUUCUGUGCUUAUCGCGAUGAAGGAGGUGGAUGUUCGGGUGACUCUGGCGGUCCGCUAUUCAGGCAAAACACUUUGAUUGGAGUGAUCUCAAGUGGGUCAGGACUUUGUUUCUAUCGAAGCUCAAAGCCAGAAUCAUUUACGGAUGUCGUCCAAUAUUGUGAAUGGAUUCGUGAAACAACGGGAACUCAUUUGUGUAGUGACAGUGACACUCCUCAACCACCACCUCUUCCUCCAUAUCGCCUCACAAUGAUCUCUUUUUGCGAUUUCUGUCCAUUGACUUUACGCUGGGUUAAAGAUUUUGUUUCGACUUCUCAAGAUGAAGAAAUGAAUUCAAACAGAACGUUGAUCACGAAAGAACUCUUCAAGAGAUGUCAAAUCUAUCCCGAUUUACCGGAUAUAAUAGAAAGCAAAACUCGUUGCAUGUACACAGUGGCAAAAGUCGUAUCGGAGCGCCUUGAUUCUCUGCAGAAGUGGUUCACUGGUUGGGAUAAGAUCAAUCAAGAU